UGCUGCUUUGGAGGGGAACCGGGACCUGUGUCCAGGUGACACUGAGAAGGUAAGGAGUCCCUGGUUUGUUGACAGUCCCCAAGGUGCUGGUGUCCCACACUUGGUGAAAGAGCAGAACAGGCUGGUUUCAAGUAGCAUGUCUGGUGGAGAGAUGAUACCCCUAUCUGCUGCCUUUACAAGGGGCUCUAAGGCUAGAGCAAGUCUACCUGUAGGCCGCUCAAGUGGUCAGACAAGAGGUUGGCCGUUAGGUGUGCUGUUCCUGCAGUAUGGGGAGGAAACAAAGCAAGUCUGGGUGCCCACAGAAAUCAGCAAUCAGGAUGCUCUUCGGGCUUUGUUUGUUACCGCUUUCCCUCAACAGCUCACCAUGAAGAUGCUGCAGUCUCCAAACAUGGCCAUCUACAUCAAAGAUACCACCCGCAAUGUUUACUAUGACCUGGAGGAUAUUAGACACAUCACCCCCAACUCCUUCUUGAAGGCGUAUCAUAAAGACCCUGAACAUGUGUUCAAACAUCAUGCCAAGUCUGCCACUGUAGGAGGAAAGAUCCCCAGAGAAGUGUUGUAUGGCAGUCACAGUCCAGUCCACACCUUGUCAUCAUCCAGUCGUGGCACCCUCCAAAGCCUGCAAGGUUCCAUGUCUCCACCCAUGGCCCGGUCUAUGCCCUCCUCCCCUUCCAGGGUGGCAUAUGGUGGAGGGGGCAGUGGGGGAGUGCGGGACCCCAGCACUACAUCAGCACAGACACUUCGCCUUUCGGGAGCAGGACGAUCCAGUGCCAUAUGCACCAGCAGUGCCAUCCUGGAGAGGAGAGAUGUCAAGCCUGAUGAGAACGUUGACAGCAGUAAGGUCAUGGCCUUGGUGGUGCGUGGUGAAGGAGGACCACAUCCAGACUCCUACUGCGCUUCUCUGCAGGAUGGAAUAGCUCGCCGCAGCAUCUCCUCCCAAUGCAGUGCCCCCCCAUCUCUCGCAACAGAUGUGGUGAAUGUUGGAGUCCUAGGACUCCCAGCAGGGCUGCAGCAGUACCGAGCCUCCAUUAAACCCCUGAUGGGCUAUGGAGAGAGCCAAUAUAAUCUAGAGGACGGGACCCAUUCCCUCCACAGGCGGAAGAGUAGGAAGUAUGCUGACGGUCAGCUUCCCCCAAUGGGAACCAAAAUCCCACCUAGUUCCCCUCACAGACUCAGUGAAGUCAGGAUGUUUGAUGGUGGACAAAUCAUCGGAGGUGUGGGCCUAGUGUCUCCUGAGAAGAAGUCACUGAUUCGCCAGUCCCUGGGGCAGGACAAUAACAGUGCUACACUAGAGAUUAUAAGCAGAAGCAGAGGAAGUGGAUCCUCAUCCUCCACCUCAUCUGUUUUUGCUGACAGUCCUCUGGGACAAACUGAGAGACUGUUUCAGGGCCAUAUGAAUGCCAGCAAUGCCCAAAGUGAGAGAAUCAAAGCCAUGGAGGAGCAGAUAGCCAGUCUAGCAGGGCUAGUGCACCACGCUUUGUCCAUAGGACCCGGAGACAAGGGUGCUGUCAGUGAGAGUCCAGAAUGCAACCUUAUAAACAACAGACUUGGAGUAUCAUCUGAGCCCCAGAAUCCUGCUGCUCUGACUGACAGCUUUACCUCCAUCCAUCCAGCUGCUCGGGCCCCUGCUUCUGACAGCAGAGUGCAACAGCGUUUAGUGUCAGCCAAGAGGAAUGUGUGUGAGCUGCGACUCCAGUUGAACCAGCUCAGACAGUUACAGCUGUCAAACCAAGAGACUGUGAGUUCUACACUGCAGAUGGCAGGCCACGAGCUAGUGGUGUUGAUGUGUGAUCGGCUGGCUCGAUUUGAGGAGGCAGCAUUCAGACAGAGAGCUGAAUUGGAAGAGGAGAGGAGCCUCUACCUCGCUGAAGAGGAGAAAAUACUCACACAGCUUAGUGAACUGGAGGACUAUGUGGACCAUUUGCAAAGAAGCUCCAUUACCGGUUCAAGCCAGCUGAGUGUAACUCUGAGAGAUGUAGAGGAAGGAGCGAUGAGCCUACGGGGGGUCGGGGAAACUCUGGCCAUUCUCAAAGGUGAGUUUCCAGAGCUGCAGAUGAAGAUGCGCUUGGUGUUGAGGCAGGAGGUAGACGCAAUGCGUUUCCUGAAGGAGGCGCCUCUUAAGAUGGACUCCAUGUUAAAGAGGGUCAAAGCCCUGACUGACACCCUCAGCUCUCUCCGCAGGUGUGUGUCAGAGUUGGUCCCAUCACCCAGAUCAGCCCAGUUAGAGCCGGUAGAAGCUGUUGAACUGGGCAACGGACCAGAAAAGACCCAGAGUCUUCAGAACUCCCCAAAACCCCAACCUCGGUCCUCAGUCAGGCUGCCUCAGCUCACUCCUUCUCUCUCUGGGAGCCAGGCUGAGACCAGGUUGGUGGGCUUGCCGCCUCUAAUUGUGGCCCACGGAACGAAGAGCACACCACCUUCUGUGGUCCAGACCUCCCAACAUUCCCCCGGUCUCCCUCUGAAACCCAUCCCCGGACGGCACUCACCCACUGUGGCUAAGGUACCAUAUGGAUAA